AGCAGUUUCUAGUGUAAAGCAUGCCCCGGCAGAUCACAGCUCUGCUGUUUGCUCUUUGUUCAUCUCCCAGGCCCACAGCUGCAGCAGGAGUCAGAGGACCUGAAUUUCCACCUUCCCCAGAGGGCAGCUAAUGUAUCCCAGAACCUGGUGGAUUGGGAGAAGAUCCGAGCAGAGGUUGCGGCACUGCAGAAAACAGUAGACGCUGUCCAUCUUUCGGUGUCUGGGGAGCUGGCCGCUGUGAAGGAGUCUCACAGUAAAAUGCAAGAGCAGAUCACGGCGUUACAGAAAACAGUAGAUUCUGUCUGCGGCCAUUGCCCAUGGGGCUGGGCCUGGUUCCAGAGAACCUGUUACUACUUUUCAGAGUCUACCAAAAUCUGGCGUGAGGCCAAGCAGUUCUGUUUGGAUUAUGGGGCACAGCUGGUGAUCAUUAACACCAAAGAGGAGCAGGUGUUCUUGGUGAAGAACCGCCCAAAGUCCCGGGCGUACUGGCUGGGGCUGAGUGACAAGAAAGUGGAAAAUCAAUGGCUCUGGGUGGAUGGCUCCCCUCUGAAACUCAGCUUCUGGAGCAGCGGGGAGCCCAAUGACUCCGGCGACGAGGACUGCGGCACCAUGACGCUCGAUGGGCGCUGGAACGACAUAAACUGCUACAUGACCGACUACUGGAUCUGCGAAAAGCCUUGGCUCUGCUAGAGCCUGGCUCGACCGCCGGCUCACGCCCUUCCUGAGCCACGGGCUGACCAGCGGGACCAGGCCCUGCCUCCUCCAGAUCGCCCGUGGGACAGUCACCCCAAGCUGUGUUCUCUUGGUGAUGCUCCCCGUCGCACAGCUCUUUCUGGGGGCUAGGAGUUGUUCUGAAUCCCUGGGGAGGGGGGGCUGGAGCACAGCAGAUGUGAGUUCUCUUCCCUGCUUCAUCCUGGGACCUUGGACAACUCCCUUCCCCGUGCCUCAGUUUCUCCUUGGAAGGGCUCAGGCUGUAUCACUUCUGAAUUUUGGAUGAUUGUAUGUCACAGUACCACGACAUGACUGGGUCAUGGAAUGCCUACGUGUGUGUGGAUGCCCCAGGAGGUAGCAGGGUCGGCAUGUCUCUGCCAGGCCAGAUACAAUGGGGACGGACCAGCAUGCAAGAUUACGUUAAACACCGUGGGACAAUGAGUUUCCUCUGCCUGGGAGAUGCCGCUUUCUGCUCUUGUCCAAGGUGAGGGAGGCUUGGAAGUCAUGGAAAGUUACCAAAAGGCAGAACAAAAGAAGCAGGAGUUUAGAAAGGGACACCUGGGGGGAGCUUUCUCGGGGACAGAGCCACCUUGCACCAGAUUAAGGGCUGAUCUACACUAGAAAAUCAGACUGACCCACCUACAUGGGUGAAUAAUCCACCCCCUGAGCAAUGUAGUUAAGGUGACCUAACACCCAGUGUGGAGAGCUCGGUUGGUGGAAUAAUUCUUCCGUUGACUUCGCGCUACCCAUCUCGGGGAGGUUGAUUUCCACUAGCGAUGGGAUAGGGCCUCCCGGUGCUGUACUAUGUGGCUGCCCAGAAACUGGUCCAUUGUUGAACCUUUCUUCCUCUACUAUGUGAUCACUGGCUUUUAGCAAUAAACCUGACUGAUCUUGAU